AUGAAUGGUGAGGACAUACUAGUUCUUGCGCUUCGCGCGUUUACCCAUGGAAAUGCAAAAUAUGUUUCACAGGAGCGGACGAGAAUGCAAAGAAACUGUAUAGCGGCACCUCCAAUCCAUGAUAUAAUUACACUAAAAAGCACUAAAUGUGAGUCACAAGUUGUGUUGACGAGCAUACUCAUGACAGAAGUAGACGAGUCAUUUUCUUUUACAACAUUCUCGAUCUCGAACCUUGCGUUCGCAAUUUCUUGCAGCGCUAGCUGCAUCGUCCACCAUCUGAUCGGACGCUGUUGCCAAGAACGGUCGCUCUCAUGAGUCAGCGCUGGAAGGUCCCACAAACAGAAUUAACUCUGCUGCAAAAUGUAUCCCUUCAUGC